GGAAGUCGAUUUGAAAAAGCGCGUUCUUUUUUCCUGACAGAUACAAGGGAUGACAACUACUGCCAAAAUGACAGAGAACGGUGCACAAUUGUUUGCUAGGUUGGAGGGGAGACGGUCAUUGAGGGACAUUGAACCUCACAUCUUUCCUGAUGGUGCUGGACCUAUUCAAGGUGACGUAGUGGAGUUCCAUGGCACCGAGGGAAGUGGAAAGACUGAGACCAUGUACCAUCUGGUGACCCACUGCAUCCUCCCAGCCGACCGGGGGGGCCUGGAAGUGGAAGUCAUGUACGUGGACACCGACUACAACUUUGACAUGCUGAGGCUGGUGACAGUACUGGAGCAGCGCCUGGGGGAGGACGCAAAAGGAGAGGAUAGUGGGGCGGCGGUAGAGCCUGAGGAGAGGGUGCGAGCCUGCCUAGGCCGACUCUUUGUGGUUAACUGCUCCAGCUCAGUCCAGCUGCUUCUCACACUGCACUACCUGGAGAAUACCUUCUGCAGCCGGCACGCCCUGUGCCUAUUGGUCAUCGAC